AUGUCCUUCCCACUGGGCCUUAACGGCACAGGAGAUGUAGAUGCACUCAGGCACCCUAUUUUAUGUGAUCAGAUAUUGUGCUCUCUUGACUAUCAUGACAACUGGCUUGAAGUUGUCGCCAUGGCCCAGUAUCCUGCAGAAUCAAGCUGUGAGGUCAUCAUCAAGAUCGAGAUGGCUCUGAACAUGAUCUUGCUAUGCAGUGCGGCGUACUAUGCUGCACUCCGCGUAUACGCCAUCUUCGAGCAGCAGAAAGUGUGGUUCCUUGCCACCCUUGCUAUCGGGAUGAUUAAUCCAAUCUGCUGUCUGUAUAUUUUCGUGAGAUCAUCUUCCAACUAUUUCAAGCUUCCUGUUCCAGCAGGAGGAUGCAGCGUCACCACGUUCGUUGAUAGUACUGGGAAAUAUGUAACUGUCCUUUCAGACAUGAUCGGUGGCAGAGCGACCUCAAUAGGGCUAGAUGGAUUGGUGUUUUGCUUCACCUGGUGGAAGACGAGGUCAAUCAGGCCUUCCACCAUUGUAGCAAUUCUAAACAGAGAUAAAAUUAUCUCACAUAUGCGCAACACCAACUCACUGUUUUUCAGAAUGACUGCAACGUUAACUUCCCAUUUCAUCCUUGACCUUCGGAAGGUCGCGGCUAGGGAGGAUGGGGAGGAGUUCUCAGAGCGCGAAGAUAUCGCGAUGUUGUCAUUCAGCGAAGAGACCACAGACUCUUUCCCCAGGACGCCGCCGGCGACGGCAGUCGUGCUUGAUGAUAUCGUUUAA